CCUGCUGCUGCUGGUGCUGCUUCUGCUUCUGCUGCGAUCCCACUCUUCAAUUCCCCUUCUUCUAUUUCUUCUUCUUACGUAAUGGACGUCGUAGCACUGCGGAAUAGAAACAGAAUCUUACGGUGUAGUUCGAUAUAGAACUUGAGCUCUGGAGGUUUUGUAACGGAAGAGUUCGGAGCUGCGUGAAUCCUCUCUUACUUGUGUGUGUGGUAGUGAAGUAAACGCGACACUUUUUAUAAGAGGUUUCGGCAAUUGUUCGGGUGAUUGUUGUGGUAGGUUUUGUGUAGUUCUGAGCUGUAGAGAUAGUUUGGAUUGUAGAAUUCGGGAGUUUUAGGUGGUUGGAGAUUUUGAGAAGCAGGUGUUUGAUGAUGGCGGUAGGAGGAACGCCUGUUUUGCCAAGAGCUGGCAUCGUGGCGAUGGUGUCCGGCUCGGUGUCGAGCUCGGUGGUGAGGAUGGACGGGAGCGGUGUUGCGAAACCGCGGUUCUGUGAGAGCGGUUGUGCGAAAUGUGCGCCGGUGUCGCUGGCACUCCGAUCGGACGGGUCGUCUUCUUGCCAGCGGUCAGAAUGCUCGUCGUCUUCUUUGUCUGCGUGUGGCAGUGCAAUGUUUUCAAACUUCGUGGCACGGGUUGGGGGAAGGAAGAGCCGAGGCGGUGUUGCCAAGGGUUUGGAGGCCAAUGUCGCGAUUUUGAUGGGGGAGAGAGGCUCCGGCAACAAUUGGACUAGGGACUCACAGGUGCUCGAUAGUUUGCGGAAUGUCAUACACCAAUUGGAGAGUCAGAAUUCGGCUCUGUCACAACUUCGAGGGCCGAGUGCCCCUGCUGCGGAUGAUGUGGACCUGAAUGGUUUCGAUGAGCUUCCGUCUCGAGGUCAAGAAGAUCUGCUUUGGUUGAGAAUGAUAGAGGAAGCGCGCUGGGACUCCAACAAAGAACCAGCUCUAGCCAGCUACUUAUAUUCGACGAUACUAUCUCACAGGACCCUGGAGAGAUCGCUCGCAUUCCAUUUGGGAAACAAGCUUUCCAGUAGCACGCUAUUAAGCACGCAGCUUUUUAACCUUCUGCAUGACACCUUUAUGGAGGAUGCCGACAUACGACGCGCCAUCCGCGACGAUAUAGAAGCUGUGAAGGAGCGUGACCCCGCUUGUGUGUCAUACAUCCAUUGUUUGCUGAACUUCAAAGGAUUCUUGUCAUGCCAAGCUCAAAGAGUAGCUCACAGACUUUGGAAUCAAGGGCGGCACUCCCUGGCUCUCGCUAUUCAGAGCAGAGUUUCAGAGGUUUUUCAGGUUGACAUUCAUCCUGCAGCCAGAAUUGGCUCAGGCGUUCUUUUCGACCAUGCCACAGGACUGGUUGUAGGCGAAACAGCUGUUAUAGGGAAUAAUGUUUCUAUUUUGCACCAUGUUACGCUUGGAGGAACCGGGGCUGUAGGAGGUGAUCGGCAUCCGAAAAUCGGUGAUGGCGUUCUGAUAGGAGCUGGGGCAACCAUACUAGGCAAUAUCUCUAUUGGAGCUGGGGCAAAAAUUGGAGCUGGUUCGAUUGUGCUUAUCGAUGUGCCCCCACACACUACAGCUGUAGGGAACCCUGCUCGCUUGAUCGGAGGUAAACAAAAGCCUGCCAAGUUGAGCGAAACUCCAGGUGAAACCAUGGAUCACACGUUCAUCAUGAAGGAUUGGUCUGAUUAUGUAAUAUAGAUUUAGUGCAACCUCAAAUUUUAGCGAAAACUUUUGUAGCUUUGUAUAGUAGGAAGCAUUGAAAAAUAAGUCUUCUUUGACCCAAUUCAGGAGCCAUAAUUGCCAAUCCCAAUACAAUUGAAUGCAUUGCAUGUGGUCACAAGUUGGCCAGUGGAACAAAUCAUGGGUUGAAUAGCACGAAUUGCUUAAUCUGAACCCUUGGAGUGAAUUCAAUAGGAAAGAUUGUUGGGAGGAAAUGAAGUGUCAGCCACACUACCUCUCGACCAAGUUUGGUUGAAAUGAAACUAUCCAAAAUGAAAGACAAAUCAUGUCUUCUGCAAAGGCGUUACGGCGAAAACGUGCAUUCAGCGCAGCGCAGAGAACAACAUAAAACUAAUGUUGAAUUGGGAUUAGCAGUUGGGAAAGCAGCUCUGCAGAAGGGAGCAGUUGUACGAGAAGACAAACAAAAUCCCUGGACAAGAUGACUUCACCCUCAACCUUUUCUCUUUCACUUGACACGAGGAGAGUGUUACAAUAGCAAAGUGAAGAACUUCAUGGUAGGACUUCACGGUUAAUAAUCAAUCCAGAGUAAGCUACACGCUUCCUGCACAGCCCUUGGCAGAUGCUUGGUGAUGCACUGAAGCCAGGUUGUCUUGAGCUGAGUUUACUAAUCAAAGCAAUAGCCAUAUGUCCGUUUUUAGUUAUUUAUUUAUUUAUUUUGAUAUGAACGGAGAAAAUCCGUUGCCUUAGUUGUAAUUGUAGACAACCCCAAAGCAGGUUAUUGUCUUAAUGACCAGUUUUUAGUUCAGAUUAAGUAGCAAAAGAUGUACAUACUUACCUCGCUGGGAGCAUUAUUGUUUGGGCAAGUCAUGUAAGAGAGCUCUCAUGUAGGUUUCCCUAGGUGGACAAAAACCCCAACUCUUGUGUGAUGCUGUCCAACAUGAAUUUGCCUAACGAACAUUAAAGUUAGCAACAUGGGUCUAAUAAAAGUUCUUCAAGUUA